CCCCGAAUGCAGCUACCAAACCCGCGAGCAGUGAGAACAUUAGCCCAGUCUCGAAGACUGUGACGCUUCGAGGCGGGCGCUUUAGAAGCUUCUGUUACUGCGCGACAAUGUUGAUUCCCGAUUCACUAUUUCAUCCUUCUUCAUACUAGGGUUUUCGAUACUCACGUUUCAACAUGAUGAAAGCAGCCCAAUGGGAUCCGGUCCAACAGAAGGUCGUAGUAAACGAAGUCCACAUGCCCACCCCCGGCCCCGGCCAAUUCCUCGUCAAGCUCGCAUCCGCCUCGUUGUGCCACUCAGACCUCAUGUCCAUGGCCCUCCCUCAUCAAAAGCCCGUAACGAUUGGCCACGAAGGCGCGGGUUACAUCCAGAAGAUCGACCUAGCAGCCAAGAACAAAGGGUUCAAGGUCGGGGAUGCGAUCGGCUUUACAUACAUUGUUGAUUUCUGCAACGAGUGUGAGGGAUGCGCAGUGCACAGUAACCAUUGCUUGGUGAAGAAGAGUCGGGUCCAUGGGUUCGAUGAGCCCGGGCUGCUGGCUGAGUACGCCACCGUGGAUGCGCACAGUUGUAUCCUGCUACCAGAGCAGCUCCCUGCCGAGACCGCAAGCCCAAUGUUCUGUGCAGGUAUAACAGCUUUCCAUUGCGUGGACUCCUGUGAACUCAAGCCUGGGCAGUGGCUUGUCAUCAUUGGUUGCGGAGGCCUCGGCCAGCUAGCAUGCCAAUACGCCAAGGCAAUGGGGUUCAAAGUCGUUGGUGUGGAUAUCAACGAUGACAUCCUGAGCACAGUAAAAUCUCAGGGCGCCGAUGCAGUCUUCAACUCCCGCACGAACAACAACUAUGUCGAAGAGGCCAAAGCAUUCAUGGAUCGAGGACCGAACAAGGGCGCUGACGCAGUUGCCGUAUUCAGCGCAGCAGAUGCAGCAUACCGAAGUGCCCCUCCCCUAGUCAAAAUUGGAGGCCUCAUCAUGGUGGUUGGUUUACCUGCUAAUGGGGUGACGUUUGACGCUCUUGAUAUUGCGAGGGGUACAUAUAGAGUGAAGGGUGAUAGCACAGGUAUUCCAUCGAGGAUGAAGAAAGCGAUCGAUUUUACAGUGAAGCACAAUAUCCGGCCAGAGGUGGAUAUAUAUAAGAACCUGGAUGCAGUGAAUGGAAUGGUGGAGAGGAUGAAGAAGGGCGAGAUUGCAAAGAGGCAGCUAGUUCAAUUUGCGUAG